AAGUAUGUCCGAUGGCCGGGCCGGAUCGAACUCGGGUCUGACUAAAUUAUCUUUAGCUGUGCCCGGCCGGAACACGGCCCGCCCGUUGACGCGUAACUCCUCCCAUCAUCCCUCCGGUUGGAAAGAUCCGAUCAAGAAGUACCGAAACCCUCUGCUGCCGCCGUCUGGGAGCAGAGAUCGAGAGGAGGGGGGCGAGCGGGCGCACGGACCAGCGAUGCAAUUCUUCGGAGGGUCGUCUGUGGCGGAGAUCGCCCCAUCUCCGGCAGCGCCGCCGGGAACGGCGACGGGGCUGGCCAGGAACAACGGGAACAUGCUGUACAUCUUCAACCGGAGCGGGGUGUGCCUGCUGUACCGCGAGUGGCACCGCCCGCUCCACACCUUGGACGCCCAGCAAGACCAAAAGCUCAUGUUCGGCCUCCUCUUCUCCCUCCGCUCCUUCACCGUCAAGAUGGAUCCCACUAGCGUCGAUAAAGGAAAUCUGGGGGUGCCUCUGCUCCCGGGACAAGGUUGCUCCUUCCACAGCUUCCGCACCAACACUUACAAGUUAAGCUUCAUGGAGUGCCCCUCUGGGAUUAAGAUUAUUUUGGUUACUCAUCCCAAGACUGGUGAUAUGCGGGAACCUCUGAGAUAUAUAUACAACAUUUAUGUGGAGUAUGUCAUAAAGAAUCCCCUCUAUGUUCCUGGGUCUCCAAUCAAAUGCGAACUCUUCGUUACAAAUCUUGACCAAUAUGUGAAGACUUUGGUAUAACUUUCUGAAUGCCAAGCUAUCGGAAUGUGAAAGUCCUUUAUGAGUUCUCGUUUCUGCAGGGCUUGCUGUCAGAACUGCUAUCAUCUUGGAAAAUCUUUUACUGCAACCAGAGAAUCACAGCUUAUAGAAGUUUCCAUGCAUACAGAUGAGUCUGGAUAUCCUGAAAACCUGGAACGUAGAGAGGCUUAAAUUUCUGCUCAUAUUCUGCCUGAUGAUGUCCAGAUGUUUCUCACUUUAUACGAAAAACUUUUUUGCUGCUUGGUGUUCGGAUGCUAUAUUCAUGAGUUUGAGCUCACAAUGUAGAAUUGUGCACAGUGUUGCAUGUCUAGAUACAGUAAAAGCCAUUGACUUGUCCCAGUUAGAAGAAUUUGGAUAGAGGAUUUGUCCAAUGGUUUUUGUUUUAUUUCUUUACUGAAUAUCACAGAACCAAUUCUGCAGAAAUUUCGAUACCUUUAUGUUUGAGUUUUUCUUUUGUUCAA